GAAUUGAGGCUUGCAAAAAUCAAUAGAGUUAUGAAUCAAAUUCAAUUGGGUAACCAAAUAACAAAUUAUAUGAAUAUAAUGAAAGAUAUUUUAUCCAUUCUUUGGAAUAUUAUUGAGGAAUUCAAGUUACGUCAUGAAUUAGCAAAAAAUACUAUUUUUAACGACUAUUUUUCAAUGCUUGUUAAAAAUAUCGGCUUAAAGUUGAGAGUACUUAGAUUAAAUGCCUUGAUGGUUAUUUAUGAUAAAGAAACAGUAGAUAGACUCGUGUUAAUAAGGGACAAUCUUGUGCGUGAGGAAAAAGAUUAUCACAAGGAAUUAAAUGCAUUGGAAGUACAACUUUCACGAUAUCAGGGUGUUUGCGGUGAGUUUGAACAAAUUGUGCAGUGUUAUAGUGACUUGAAUAAAGAAAUUGAGAAAGUGAAAGAUGAUAUUCAAAGAAUGACCAUGUAA